AAAAAACUGAAAAAGUUAUCCUUUUUUAUCUCACUGCAAAGAGCAAAGUGUACCGUACUGCAACUGCACUAUUCGCGUGAUCCUCCCCAUUGAAACACACUAUAGCUGUUUUCAGUCCUUAUUGCUCCAUUUUCACCACUAUCUGCUAAAGCCUAACGUUCUACACAAGAUCGAUCGCUCAACAGUGAUCCGCAGCUCCCAAUCAAUGGCAGGCGGCGAAAGCAACACCACCACCGGAAAGGACGCGGUCGAGCUGGAAGCUAUGCGCAAAGGCAGCUUCUCAUGGCACCCUUGCCAGGUCUCUCUCUGCUCGAGUGGGUCAGGUCUUAUUGUGAAAUAUGAAGACAGCCAUUCACAAGAAGUGAUUGCCGAUAAAGAGGAAAUACUUUCGCGUGUUCGUGUGCGUUCGACUCCAUUACAGGGUGAUGAUUGCUCUUCUCUUGAGCAAGGGUAUCAUGUGCUUGCCCAGAGCCUACUUUCUAGGAACGUCUUCUAUGAUGCUCGGGUGGAAAAGGCAGUCCGUGUAAGGCACUCGAAGAGGACCCUCUGCAGAUGUUCCUUCACUGUCAAAUGGCUCAACCAAUCUAUUGGGGAUGAAACCUUGACUGUCCCAGCCACUGGAGUCAUGAAACUAUCUACUAAAAGCAUCAAUCUCCACCCGACCAUUUCUACUUUCUUCAGCAUGCUGAAAUCCAUAAAUGACGUAGAAGAUUCAAUGUGUUUAAAAAUUGUUGACGAUAUGAACUGGGAAAAGGAUAUUAACGUGCUGCUGGAAAAACAAAUAGAGGAGUUAAGUAAUGCCACUGAUGCGCACGUGAAGAUUUCUAGAGACAUUGUUUAUGGUUUCGCAGGUGAUUUUUCGCAAUCCAUUUUUCUCAAUCAGCUUCAUGUGAAUUUUUGUAUUUUCCAAAACCUUGAUGUGGAUAAUUUGCAUGGAUGUGCAGCUGAUGUCAAAGAACCGACUCACGAUGAAUCCUUGAAAGAACCGAACGUCACGAUUUCUUUACCAAGUAAUUUGAAGGUUCUUCCAGUUUCGGUCUCGCCAAUCCAAGAGAGUCCCACUGGAAACAGAUUGCCUCUCAACCCCCUUGCUGCUCGUGCAGCUCUUGCUUCACUAAGAUCAAACUUUCCCAAGAGUACAGAUGCUAAAGUAUUGGCAAUGUCAAUGGACACAAGUCCAAAUAUCGAGAGCAUUGCAAAGACACUCUUCCCAGCACCGAGCGCUCCUCAAGCACGUGUAACGCGAAGCAAAAAGAAAAACAUGUUUCCAGAAAAGGAUACAAGUCGACCUUCAGAAACGAGGCUUACUCGUUCGAGAACUCAGGAAAAUAACAGAGCAGAUGAAUCUUGUGAAAUCAAUGGUGAAAACGGUGUGGAUUCUGCUGAGAACAAAAAGAAGAUGAAGCUUACUCGUUCUCGAACUCAGAAAAAUAACGGAGCAGAUGAAUCUUGGGAAACCAAUGGUGAAAACAGUGUGGAUUUUGCUGAGAACAACAAAGGCCUGUCAGGAAAAGAUGAAAUGAUUGCUAAUGUCAAACAUGAGAAGGUGGUGAUUUUUGCUGAGGAUGAUGCUGAAAAGCACAAUUGCCGCAAAAGGAUUACACGUUCAGCUGCUAGAGAGGAGACAACGAAGGGUAAUGUGCGACCCGAAUCAAAACUUGGAAAAAGCAUCUUCUCCGAAUUAAACGAAGAGGAUGUGUUUAAGGGGAAUUGUUCAACCGAGAUCAAGAAAGUCAAUAUCACUCCGAAAAACGAAGAUGGUGUUACUGGCAAUAGCAAAUGUACAAGGCAGAAGUUUGUUAGUGCAACAAAACAGCAAACACGUUCUUCUCCUCGUCUCAAGCUUCUUCCUCGAACCCAUUCCUAGACAAAAGGGUAAUUAAGCGGGUAUUAUUUUCGUAACGACCAAUAUUUUGAUCCUUGGCAUACUAAGCGGGUAUUUAUUUUCGUACAAAUAUUAUGGCACGUGUAAUUGUGACAGUCUCUCCAUCUUUAAGGAUGAAGAACAUGGUUUAUGUAAGAGUGUAAGAAACUAGCCUUUUGUAUCUAGUGGAAACAAUCACAUGACAAAAUUUUCCAUAAUGCCGAUAAAACAUGGAUGUAUUAUGUACUUACCAAAACUAAUUAGCAUUCGACUGAUAUCUCUA